AUGAUUCGAAUCCAUCAGCAUAGCAGUAAAUCAAGGCUGCUCUUUCCAAGAUACCAUUCUACAGCUGCUCGUAGCAGCAGCCAAAGCAGUAUCGGUAUUCGUCGCGAAGACAAGAGCAGAUGGGAGCGUCGAUCUGCCUUGACACCCAAUACGGUCAAAAAAUUGAUUCAGGAGACAGGCACCAAAGUAUACGUUCAACCCAGCACCAAGCGAAUCUUCACAAAUGAAUCCUAUGAAGAGGCGGGUGCUAUCAUUACCGAGGAUAUCUCACAAGCAGACAUCAUUUUGGGCAUCAAGGAAGUUCCCGAGGCAUCCCUUCUCAAAGACAAGACGUAUAUGUUUUUUUCUCAUACGCACAAGGGCAAUGAAAAAAACAUGCCUAUGCUUCGAAGCGUGCUUGACAAGAACAUUCGUCUUAUAGACUAUGAAUUAAUGAAAGAUGAAACAGGCAGGCGACUAGUGGCAUUUGGCCAGUUCGCGGGAAAUGCAGGUAUGAUUGAUAUUUUCCACGGUAUGGGCCACCGUUUCCUAGGAUUGGGUUAUAGUACACCUUUCAUGUACACUUCCAUGGCACAUGCUUAUCCGACACUUGCUGAAGCUAAAUCAGCAUUGCAUCGAAUGGGAAACGUUAUUGCUGAGAAUGGCACCCCAAAAGAUUUUGGACCUUUGGUAUAUGCGUUCACUGGAUCCGGCAAUGUCGCCAAUGGUGCUAUGGAUAUCUUUAAAGAGAUUCCCCACGAAUUCGUUCCUGCAGAAGACCUUUCCAAAUUAGUCAACGAUAAGAAUCCUAGAUUAGACAGGCUGUACGCGACUCAGCUAGAGGUCAAGGACUAUAUCGAGCAAAAGGACGGUGGAAAGCUCAUUGAUUAUGAAGAUUACCUUGCCAAUCCCGAGAGAUACCAAUCCAACUUUCAUCACAAGAUUGCUCCUUACGCAAACUGUGUGGUUACCGGCGCUUAUUGGGACAAGAACUACCCUCGAUUAAUGACAAACAAGCAAUUGGCCGACUUUGAGAGACUGAAAAAGAAGGGCUUGAUCAACAAGGGCAAAAUGAUGAGCUUGGCUGAUAUUGUGUGCGACGUCAAGGGUGCAUUUGAGUGUCUCUCUCAUAGCACCAAUGUGGAUGAUGGCUUCUUUUACUAUGACGCUAUCCGUGAUAUGGAGCAUAGCGAUGCUGAGGGAGAGGGCAUACAAAUCAUGGGCAUUGAUAUCUUGCCUGCAGAGCUUCCUGUUGAAAGCAGUGAAUUCUUCAGCAAAGCACUCUACCCUUACAUUAGGGAAAUGGUUCAGAGCUCGCCCAAGACGCCUCUGGAUAAACUGCCUACUUUGCUACGCAAUGCUACUAUUGCUGAUCAAGGACAGCUCAUGGAUCCUCACAAAAGCCUCCUGAAAUCAACUGCUGCCGCUGCUACAUCUACUCGCAGUGCAACUUACAAUGACAAAAAGACAGUUUUGUUGUUGGGCUCUGGUAUGGUUGCAGCCCCUCUGGUUGAACACCUCGUCAAGAGACCAGAUGUCAAUAUUGUCGUUGCUAGCAACAUGGCUGAAGAGGCAGACGCCUUGGUUAGACACCACCACAAUGCCGAAUCUGCUCCCCUCGACAUUUCCAACCACCAAGAACUCUCUCGACUGGUUAGUAAAGCCGAUGUGGUAGUAAGUCUUGUACCUGCAUUUUUGCACACGCAAGUCGCCAAUGUGUGUAUCGAGCAACGAAAAGACAUGGUUACAGCAAGCUAUGUUUCCAAGGAAAUGGAGGAGUUGGAACAAAAAGCUCAAAAGGCUGGUAUCUUGGUCAUGAAUGAAGUGGGUUUAGAUCCUGGUAUGGACCACAUGUCUGCCAUGAAGAUUAUUGAUGAAGCGCAACGCAACGGUUCAAAGAUCAAGUCAUUCAUUUCUUGGUGUGGAGGUCUUCCUUCUCCUGAAGCGUCUAAUGUCCCUCUUGGCUAUAAAUUCAGUUGGUCUCCACGCGGUGUAUUGACUGCCAGUGGAAACGACGCCGUCUAUUGGAACAAUGGCAAGAAACAUACUAUUGCUGGUGAAGAUCUGUUAAAGGAACACUUUCCUGUAGUACAAACUCCUUACGCUGGAUUCGUAUUUGAAGGAUUAGCAAAUAGAAACUCUUUGGGUUAUGCCGAUAUCUACGGUCUUGGUGAUCUAUCUGGCAUGGACACCAUGUUCCGCGGCACAUUGAGAUAUCAAGGCUAUUCUGAUCUUUUGUACGCUUUCCGUAAAUUGGGUUUCUUGGAUCAGGUCAAGCCUAUUGCCGAAAACUGCCACAAUUGGUCAAAUUACUUCAAUUUUGUUUUAUCAGGAAAGCACACUCAGCUUUCGCAAGAUGAGAGAUACCAGUACAUGGUGGAGAAAUUGGGCUUACCCAAGGAUCAUUUUAUGGUAGAAAAGACAUGGUCAGCCAUUUCUUACUUUUUGUCAGAGGAACAAGAAAAAGUCAACGCUAACAAUGGAUCCGCUCUUGAUCUAUUCUCCAUCUUGCUAUCAAGAAGACUCAAGUAUGACAAAGGGGAAAGGGAUAUGGUCGCUAUGCAUCACGAAUUCGGAGUAGAGCAUCGUAAUGGUAAAAAGGAAACCUUGACAUCUACUUUGAUCAAAUAUGGCAAUGAAACGCAUACUGCCAUGGCAGACACGGUUGGCUUACCCACAGCCAUGACAGUAGACUUGGUAUUGGACAACAAGAUACCCGAGCGAGGCGUUCAGAGGCCAACAAAGCCUCACGUGUAUAUGCCUAUUUUAGAUCAAUUGGAAAUGAAGGGUAUCAAAUUUAUUGAAAAAUCAGAACCUUUCAAGGUCAAUAGAUUAGAUGCAACUGGGUCUCACAGUUGGUAA